AUGAGAAAGAACUUAGCAAGGCCCGAGGGAGUGGCGAUUGAGCGUCUCAAGAGACGUUUUUCCCUGGAGGCUGGGGUCCCGGAUCGCCUUCCAGCCGGUUAUCAGCUCCCUACUUUGACCCUCGUCGACGGAUAUCUCAUGGCCGAGGACGAGGUACUGCUACGGAGUACUUACGAACCCCGCCAGAGAAGCUUCCAUUGGACGCGCAAACUGUCACAGCAGGAGCUCUUCGAGCAUGGCGUUGUUGAGAUCUACUCCCAAGCAACCGCGGGACGGGGUGUCAUCUAUUUAUCUCCUGAGUCGGAGCCUCAGAAAGCGCCUUCUCGGGACCAAAUCCAUCCCUUUGAGGCACGAGGACGAAGCUUGGACCCGCGACUGGCCAGUCCGCGAGCCACGGAUGACAAUGGGGGUGAAUGGACUACCUUGGGCGAGUGGCAGAUGACAUAUGAUCGCGAUCCGUGGCCUGCAGAUUCUGGUAAUAAGCCCGAACCUACCGAUCCCGUUGAUGCGGGCACGAUUGAGGAUGGCUGGUGGACCACACAGGGAGUUGAUGUCCCCGGGGUCAGAUUCCCCUUGAUCGAUAAUCUACGAGAAAAGAUCAACGAAAACCACGGGACUCAGCUCGGCGACUUCUACCAAGUGGCCGGACAGCUAUACAGCAAUGAUGAGAACUAUGAGGACACCUAUGACUUAUAUACCGUGCGAUGGAACCGUGCACCUUUGAUUCCAUUUGUGUCCGAUACUGGACUUGACCUCAAGAAGACGUUCGAUGUUGGCUUCCCGGACCUGAAUAUUGAUGUGACUAUACCAGCACUCUUCCAGGAGAUGACUCUGAAACUGGAUGAUAGCGACUAUCUCAAUGAGAAGAUAACCGGGUACUUUUUCGAAUAUGACCCAACGAAACGAGGGAACAAGGGCAACCGUCAUCUGGUAACAGGCACCCUCAAUGAGACGGCAGCAGUCCAUGCGUGUCGCUCUAAGAUUUCCCAAGCCUACGCGGCCGUCGUCAGGCCCGGGCAGUUUGGCACCACCGACGACGAUCGGCUCCGACCAGCGUCGAUUACACAAAACCUUCUUACCCUCGCAACACCAAGUAUUCGAGAUCUGAUGAACCUGGGAGGCUAUGACGAAAAAUCGGAGUUCUUCAAAAACAAGUAUGCCCCCGCCUUCAUCUGUCGCUAUGUCGGACGGACGUCCAAGUAUAUGAACCAGUUCACAACCCAGGAGAUGAAUGAUCUCUGGUAUUGGUGGCAGGGGAAUGGCAAGAAGAGUUUAUCUCAGAGUCAAGAAUACAAUGACAUCAACCGCCUGAGUUCCCGCGAAGCAAUGCGCCGAGCGAAUGAGGAAAAAUUGGAACCGUACCUAGCGGACCACCCCGAUAACUGGGCUAGCGACCUUUGCACAUACCUUCUCCAGGAUGAUCGGCAGCUUCAAAAGUGGCUUCAUUUCCCCAUUGACAACAGUGGCAACAACCUCAUAAACAAGCAGUGCAACAUCUUAGAUGCGCUCAGUCCAUCAAAUAACUACUCGGAGCAAUUUUUCAACAAGAUCAUGGGCAUGAUAGUGGAUGAGGGCCUGCAUUAUUCGGACAUCGAACAGGAUGAGGAUCAGGAUGCCAAGUACCCGUGGCUACACGAUUCCAUGCACGAUCUCAUAGUCAAGGUACUCAAUGACGAUCCGUCCAUUUCUAGUGACGUCAGGGCUGCGUUACAGGAACAAAUUGAGGAAUUCGAGAAGCAGAAUAAUUUGAAUCAGCAGGCCGAUGCCGAGCAGCGCGCCGCGGCGAUCCUCGAAAAGAGUGCCUCGUUUAUGAGGGAGCUGACACAUUGGCUGACGUACAUUGGCAAAGGGUUACAGGUUGCUUUCGGAGGCGCUUCGCUGUUCAAAUGGGUAGGGGAAGCCUUUGAUCAAGUCGCCAAGAAGAUACCGUUGCCAGGUGCGAACAUGUUGAAAGGGAUUUCAAGCAUUUGCAUGGUUGGCAUGAUGGUGGCAAUGGCGGCAGUAAAUCUCUGGUCCCUCGUGACGGCGUGGGAUACUAUGUCCGAUCCUCAACGAGCAGACGUGAUUAUUCAAACGAUUCGAUUGGUGACGGACGCAGUCGACAAGGCGAUAGAUGCCUUUAAGAGCUUCCAGUCCAAACCAACAGAGACGGCUGAGGACGAGCUCAAUGUUGAAACUCUCAGUGAAAGGGUGACGGAGGAAGUCAUGGAAAAUGCUGAGACAAUGGGUGAGAUGGCAGAAAAGAUCGCCGGGGACGAAAACUACCAGGUAGUCAUAGCGGAUGGCCUUCAUUACGACGGGAUUGCCACGCCGUCUGAGGGCGAAGAAUCCUUCAAUGAAGACAUUAACUCCACUCCCGCAGAGGUCCCUCCUGCCUAUGAAGAGGCGGCAAACCGGUUCAAUUGGUCAGGAAAUCUGCUGAAAAUCUUCAACGCCAUCUUGGGCAUUGGCUUGGUAGUUGCGAUGUCCUUCUCUCUAGCCAACGACUGGGACUCUCUCACGGAUCCCGGCAAAGUGAUGGGCGUGUUGAACGUGAUUGUGCAGGGGUUGACGGUGCUCUUGGAUGUGAUCAACGUGGGGUCUGAGGUCGGGCUCUGGGCCGUGACGGGCACCAUGAGCGUAGCCUUACCGAUCCUCGGGGCUGUGCUGGCGGUGAUCGGCAUUGUGCUCAUGAUCGUCCAGGUCUUGAUCAACUUCUUUACUGGCACAAAGCCCCCUCCUGACCCGAUUGCCGAUUUUAUCGAUGACGAGGCCCACCACCUCAUCAGUGGGUUUGACACUGCCCCUUCCCCGCAGCUUUCCUACACCCUCUCCGAUUCCACGGUCAGCGCAGGGCAAGUGAAGACGCUUACAAUCAAAUGCGAGAACAAGUCUGCCGGCGAUGUUACCUUAUCGAAUACAGUCAUCACGCUCUAUUCUGGGGAUGACGACGUCUGUCUGUUUCGCAAUGGAGCCGACGAAACCGACAAUAUUCAAUUGGUGGACGAUACAGAUCCCAACAAAUCCAGUAACGGAUACAGCUAUGUUACGCCUUCUAGCACAGCCGCUGCACAAUUGCCCACCCCUGCGAGAUUGGGUACUACUUCCACUUACUACGAGUAUGACCUCCAGGUGGCGGGUCCUCCGCAGGAUACAUCCACCAAGUUGCAGCAACUGGUCGUCAAAGCUGGUGAAUACAUCCAAUCGAUAUGGACGGCCAAGAUCAAUCAGAGGGGCGACUCAGAUGACGACUCCGUCAGUUGGAUUGAGAUUGUGGAGAAUAGCCUGACCGAUCGAUGCCAGGUUGCGUUCAUGUUGAAACGUGCUUAG